ACUCCACAAACCCAAAGCCUUUUCCUCUUUCUACAAUAUCACCCGAAGUCCACCAAAGUCAGACUCAAAUUCCUCAUUGAUCGAAACCCGCAGACGUACGCGUGUGGUAGUCUAAGGGGAUCUGCACACUCUUGAUAGGUCCGAAUGGCACGAAAGCCGUGUACAACCCCUGCUCCGUCACCUGGUUGUCCAGACCGCCAACAUACAGAGCGCGCUUGUCUGUCUUGUUCAUCAUCGAAGGCAAAUGCCGUGGUGCAAAUUUAAGGUCUUCAUUUAAGUGCGAUCUGAUCUUUUCACAACCGAAACGCCUCCCAGAAUUUAGAAGUCAAGGAGGAGACGUAGCAUCAGGGGCCUCGUUCCAAGUAGGAUAUCGCAAUGAGCACAGCUACGGACGAGCUCUUCAACCAAGGUGCGUAAGAGAAAAACGAAAGGAGGCCAUUUGCGUCCAAUUACGGUCUCUAGAUACGCUCCCGUUGCGAAGAAAUUGCAGGUUACAGAAAGCCUUUUAUAACUAUUUAAUUGGAUGGAAUAUUUGGCAACUAGGCUGGGGCGACGUGCUGAGCAACAUCUCGCCGUACGCGUGGGGAAGCAUGGGUGUAGCUCUUGGUCUCACUCUCUCCAUUGUCGGCGCGGCCUGGGGCAUUUUCAUCACGGGUUCGAGUCUGCUGGGUGCGGCCGUGAAGGCCCCACGCGUCCGCUCCAAGAACCUCGUGAGCAUCAUUUUCUGUGAAGCCACUGCAAUCUAUGGCGUCAUUAUUGCGAUCAUUCUGCAGAGCAAGAUGAACCAGCCUGGACUGCGUAACGAGGGAGACGAACCGAUCAACGAGCAGGCACUGUACUUUGCUGGGUAUGCAGUGUUCGGCUCAGGUAUCGCUGUGGGCUUAACGAACCUUGCCAGCGGAGUAUCUGUUGGCAUUGCUGGCAGUAGCUGUGUGCUAGCCGAUGCUCAGAAUGCGGCACUUUACGUGACGAUCUUGAUUGUGGAGAUUUUCGCCAGUGCGCUGGGCAUCUUCGGAGUCAUCGUUGGUAUUAUUCUGUCCAACAAUGCGGAGUUUCCUAAGUAAGCACAGGCGGUGAAGCCGAGGCAAUCUCAAGAUUAACGCAUAAGGUCGCAAGUACAAAACUACCGUAGGCAAGGCCAGUGGAGAUACGUUCUGUGGCUGCAUCCAGCUCAAAUUCACCAUUUAAGCAUGUCAACGCAUUACUUUCUUCUUAUCGGAUUCAGGUGUUGGCAAAAUCCCAGCGAUUGUUUAGUUAUUUCCACAUCGCGCGAUCACUAUCGACGUCUACAGGCGCGUACCACUCGGGCAUUGGGCGGUCUGGGUUGUAUCUGGCAAAAAAAUCAAAAUUAUAAAGUGAGCACUCACUCUAAAGUCAUCCUUGAUUUCAAAAGAAACACGUACCGGUAGUUGAGGAACAACUCCUCUUCAUCGGCAAUGUCCGCCGUGGCAAUGAAUGCGAGGCCCUGUUUCGAUAUAGUAUAAAUGAAGUUGUCAGUAUGAUCAGCAUCGUUGAGUAGAAGCAAGAUAUUCGCUGACCAAUUACAUACAUGCACAAUAGCGCGUUUGCCAAACAUGGAGAGACGAGAGGGCUCUUGCACAAA